AUCUGACCGUACCAGCUGUGGCGUUGCAAAUUUGCCUUCUAAACAGAUUAUUCUUAACUUAUUGUUUUUAUUUAGCAUUGUUAUUUUCCUUACAGUGACUUGUGGCAGUUAUAUCUACAUUCCGGUGCUUUAAUGUGUGUUUUUAAGGUGAUUGUGAGCGCUUAACCGGCGCUUAAACGGUUAAAGAAGGUUCUCCGGUUCAAAACAAAGAUGGCCGCUCCCAUGCGGCACAGUGCAGUGUGACGUCUUCAGUCUGAAGUCACGGUCAGUGAAGCCGGGCAUCUUCUUCAGAAGACUUUAAAGCGGGUUCGUUUUGGUGCUUUGAAAGUAUUUCCACGACGUAUCGCUUCAUUUUGGGCGUGUGUGUAAAUGCCAUUUGCAGUGUUUGAUAGUGAUGUGGACUAAACCUGGCGAGGUCUAACGUUACUGACAUUUUCAGAAUGGAAAGAAUCCCUCCUGAGAUGGAGUGAUUCCUUGGAAGAAGUGCAGGUUUCCUAAGUGAUUCGGAGCUUGAGAGCGUCUUUCAGGAUGGGCCGCUCCACCAGCCUUCUGCAGCAGAUGACAAUAUUUGUCACCGUGGUAACCGGCGGAGGCUGCGGCAUGAUGUACUACCUCAUGCAGAAAAACUUUGCUAAAUCGGAGUACCAUCGUUUGGCUAUUGAGCAGCUGAACAGAAACUCCACGGCCAUGGCCAGCCUGGGGGCUCCACCACUGAAGAUCCAUAAUAUCCACUUGACUGAUCGGCACAACCGUGUGGACCACACAAACGCUCAGCUGAAAAUUCCAGUGACUGGAUCCAAGACAGGGGGCUAUCUGUACACAACCUCCACCAGAGACACCCUCAUGAACAGAUGGUGUCUCCAGCGAGUGGCUCUACAGCUCAGGACUGGUGAGAUCAUUGAUAUUUUCCCUGAAACCGAAUCUGAAUAGUUUUAUGAAGAUGGAGACCUUGGGUCUUGUGAGAACUGCAUGAGCACACACUGAAUCAGCUGCAUCACAGUGCCUGUUUUAAUGACGAAUGCUGACUUUUAAAAGAGUAAAAAGAGUUCAGCUGUGCCAUUCAGUGAAAAAAGCAGAGUGGAAGAAAAAGAGAACAUGUUUGAAGGACAGUAACAGUUCUUAUGCGGUAAUGUGUAUUAAAAUGAAGACGCUCUGACGGAAAAAAAAUCCAAUAAAAACAUCAAGUAACCCUGUGAAAAUCUUCA